UUGUGGGUAUAAGAGUAAAAAUCUGAAACACUGAGUAAACAAGAUCUCGGUACAAAACCAAAUCAAUGUCAGGGACUAGGAGAGGACGCCCAUCAAACCUUGCUUAAGUCUCAACAACACCAUUCUUCUGACCCUAAUCUCAUCAUACCAUAUCCAUCAUAUCAUAGCUUCACCUGUACGAUUCUCUGUUCUUAUCCUAAUAGUCUAAAUACCUAUUUGUUUCUUCUCUUACCACCCCGUUAUUAAACCCAUCAGUCACUAUUCCCAUUUCCGUCUUCUUCUCCCUUUUCUCUCGUCUGGGUCUAAGUAAAUGCUCCUUCCUCCAUCCCCAAUACAACCCAAACCAGAAAAACCCGCCAUGGUUGGCGUCGACGGUGGUGUUCUUCACACCACCAACAACAAUAAUAACAACAGUAAUCUCAAUUUCGGAAACAAUAAGGAAAACCCAAGUCCCCGAAAAGCGAAAGACAAGAGGAAGAAGAAAAAGAAGAAGAAGCGUGGAGGUAGUAGAGCGAAGAUGACUCUGGAGCAGACCCUGGCUUUCAAAUCUGUGAGCGAAUGGGUGUAUUUGGAUUCGAAGAGCAACUCGUCUUCAGUGGAUGAUUUUGGGGUGCAGAAGAACGUUGGUAAGGGAGAGGAGAAAAUGGUCUUUGAAUGGCAUGCGCAUACGAAAUUCAGUGAUGGGUUCUUGACCCCUACAAAGCUUGUGGAAAGAGCUCAUGCUCAAGGGGUAAAGGUUCUUGCUCUGACUGACCAUGACACAAUGUCUGGCAUCCCAGAGGCCAUGGAGGCAGCUCGUAGGUUCAACAUGAAGAUUAUUCCAGGUGUUGAAAUCAGCACAAUAUACUCCCCAAGGGAGUCUACAUAUGAGGAACCAGUGCACAUUCUUGCAUACUAUAGCAGCUGUGGCCCUACAAGGUAUGGAGAAUUGGAGAAGUUGUUGGCUAACAUAAGGGAUGGACGAUUCCUUCGUGCAAAAGACAUGGUGUUCAAGCUGAAUAAGCUCAAAUUACCUAUUAAGUGGGAGCAUAUUACCAGGAUUGCCGGCAAGGGAGUUGCUCCUGGGAGACUGCAUGUGGCUCGAGCUCUGGUCGAAGCAGGUUAUGUGGAGAAUCUGAAACAAGCUUUCUCUAGAUAUCUCUAUGAUGGUGGACCUGCUUAUUGCACGGGAAGUGAGCCUCUGGCAGAGGAAGCAGUGCAUCUUAUAUGUGAAACAGGGGGUCUGGCUGUGCUGGCUCAUCCUUGGGCAUUAAAGAAUCCUGUUCCUAUUAUUAGGAGUUUGAAAGAAGCAGGUCUUCAUGGAAUGGAGGUCUACAGAAGUGAUGGAAGACUGGCAGUAUACAGUGAUUUGGCAGAUACUUAUGGCCUUCUAAAGCUUGGUGGAUCAGAUUACCAUGGGAGAGGCGGGCAUGGUGAAUCAGAACUUGGAAGUGUGCAGCUUCCUGUACUGGUUUUGCAUGAUUUCCUCAAGGCAGCACGACCGAUCUGGUGUGGUGCAAUCAGGAACAUCUUGGAUCAAUAUGCAGAAGAACCCUCUGCAUCAAACCUUGAAAAUGUUGUGAGAUUUGGAUGUGCAAAGAUUCGGAAGGCGGGUUUUCCUCCAAGUUGUGGAAAGGACUUGAUUGAUCAUUGCUUGUCAUCGUGGUUGACCAAUGAAAAAAGGGAGAAGGUUGAGUUUGAUGCGAUUACGUUUAAAGCUUUCUGA